ACUUUGUCUGACCACAAAAACCUAUUCCGAAAAUGAAAACCAAAAACCUAACAAUUAAACCAGACCCAGACGAUGUUCAAAUGCAAUUUAUCCAAGACGAUGAAUCGAUAAAGACCGACAUGUACGACGAGGAAUGUUCACCCGGCGAUUCGAAGCAACCGAGUGUUGACUGGAAUGCUGGACAGGAAUUCGUUGAACGCAAACACUUGGCCUCGUCCGAAGAUUUAGACAUUGAUAGCCAACUGUCUUUCGAUAAUGAUGAUGGCAAAGCUUGUGCAUUGCCGACAGACACAACUGAUACAGUCCAUUUACCGAGCACCACUGAUACUCAAUCAAUCAAACAAUUAAAGCAGGGAAUGAAUCUGAAUUUGAAUAAACCAGAACGAACGCCAACCACACUCAAACAUCAAAGUACGUCUCCGUUCGAUGUGCAAAAUAGCGACAGAUCGCCGGAUGCGCAUGCACGACAUCGAAGUGAAGCGCCUAGCCUGAAAUUAGUUAUUGGUCGUAAGGAAUUAAAGACUAGCGAUGCGGCCGCGAUAUCAGAAAGUCGAUUAACGGUGUACGGUACGCAGGAUGUUGAAAUAUCUAUAACGUCUCAGUCAAAGAUCAGUUUGACAACCGUUCAUGGAACAAAAGAAGAGACUGAUAAUAGUCAAAUUAUUGUGACGGAUCAUCGAGAAGAAAAGAAACAGAAUAAAACAUACCGUGGUUAUGAUUCCGGAACAGACACAAAUUCGUUGGAACGAGACAAAAAGCGAGACGAUUCCAUUAGUUUCAGCAAGAAGAAAAUCGUAUAUCUGUGCGAAAGCGCCGAUUCCAACAGUGAGUCACCAGCUUCAGAUCACAGUGUUUCUCAUCAUAUAUCCGACACGGGUAUAUCAGUUACCCGAGGAACGUUUACCGAAACUGCCACCGACGUUCCCACAACGUCGGAUAACCAGAGUGAUAGACAUCGUCAGGUAGUGAUCACCGAUGCGCUUGACGUUGAAGUCGAAGAAUUUGAGUUAACUGACGCUGGACUGAGCCCAAUACAGCCCGAUGAGGUUGAUGCAUUCGCAAAUGUGUUCAGUACCGACGAUUCAGGGUACACAAAUAUCGGUACCAGUCCUGUCGAAUUCGACGAAAACCCGUCUAUCGAUACUUCAGAAGCAGCGACAUUGACCGAUAAAGUCGAACUUAAAGAUGCCUCAAAUAGCCCCUUAGAUAUAAAUGAAGAGAUAUUGAUGGAACGGGGUGGAGUAAAGGCCAAAAUUAAGGUUUUAGAAGAAAAUUCACUGAAGAUGAAAAAGCUUGCAGAAUCGUCACCGCAAAAGAAACCGAUUCAGAAAGAUACUGAAGUUCCAAAUGUAAAGGCAGAACCGACUAGCACAGCAAUAAAUCAAGUCGAUGAAGAUGGUAUUCUGAAAGACUCAAUACCACCGAUUCAAGAAGUUAUCAUGACAAUUGAAAAGAGAAUUGCUAGCGAAGUCAUACCAAAAAAAGUUUCGUUCGUUGAGCGAGAAUUGUCACCGAGAAAGUACAAACAUGAACCGGCCACUAUUGCAGACAUAGAAAGUCAAAUACUCCACUUCGACGUCCAAGCAAAGCCAGUGCGAGAGGUGUCCGAUGUAAACGUUACCAAACCGGUGCCAACCAUUAUAGGAAGUGACGAAACAGAUCGAAUAAGACGAGAAAGUCUUGAAGCCAUAGAAGAGCCUAUUUGCGAGAAAAUCUGCAUUAAAAAGAAAAUAGUGCCGCUUGCACUCAACGAAGAGUGGGAUGAUUUGGACAAAAUAGAUGAAGACAAGAUGCAUGAUGUUAGUGUAAACAAAUCAGAAAACGCUCAACACAGCAAAUCAAGCAUUCAUGAACCAAGAAUUAAGACAAUUCAAUUAGUAAAUCAAGUUACAAUAAAUAGAGUAAGCUCCAACACAAAGUACGUGGAGCUUCUUUACGAUUCGAAGAACAAUUUUGACAAUGUUACAAUGACAUUUGCUAAAACUGAAUCUUCUUCAAAGGAAUUCGAUUUAAUCAAUUCCAGACACAAAGAAACCAGAUCCACAACGGUGACUACUGUCUCGCCUGUAAGCGAGGAGCGAGCAUUCACAAAAACUCGCGAGGAAGCUGAAAGUAAUAUUAUGACCGAAACGAACGAAAAGCAUUCUCACACAAAAUCAGAGCAAAGAAUUAGCACACCCCAGAAUAUAGUAGAUACCGUAUACGAUGCGAUGAAUGACGAAAAAAGCAUUGAUAUUUCAAAAAAUAUCACUGGAGCUAUAAGUUUAAUCGAAACUUUGAAACAAGACAUUGACACUUUGUCUUCUAUAAAAACAGAAGCAUCAACGGCCGCUGGAAGCGAAAAUAUUUUAAAUGAAUCAGUAGAAUCGCCACAAUCAUCCAAAGAGCCAUCUGAAUCUGAAGAAGAGCCGGUAUCUAUAAUCACAAAAGACCAAAUCACACCAACAGACACAAUACAAAUACCACAAAAUGAAAAUAAGGUCUUCGAAAAAACCAUUCCAACCUCUCCUACAGCAUACAACCCCUCCAAGGCAACUGACACUGAAAUAUUUACUAAAAGAUUAACUUCUAAGAUAACAGAGUCUGUUGUUCUGAAGUCUGAAGAAACAAAAGUGAUUUCUAAAGGAAUUCCUGAAUCUCCGGAUUCACCUACAGCUCCACUUAUUGACGAUAAGAAAGAAGUAGCUCCAUCUCGAAUUAAAGAUGAUUCUUUACAGUCUAAACCAGAGGACAGAUCGGGAAAAGUUAGCCCAGUUGAUGACAAAAAGUCUUUAGACUCACCAAAAGAUAUUUCUGAUAAGCCACUAACUGACUUUGUGACUUCUAAGAUAACACAGUCUGUUGUUGUGAAGACCGAAGAAGCAAAAGUGAUUUCUAAGGAAAUUGCUGAAUCUCCGGAUUCACCUACAGCUCCAGUUGUUGACGAUAAGAAAGCAUUAGCUCCAUCUCCAAUUAAAGGUGAUUCUUUACAAUCUAAACCAGAGGACAAAUCGGAAAAAGCUAGCCCAGUUGAUGACAAAAAGUCUUUAGAUUCACAAACAGAUAUUUCUGAUAAGCCACUAACUGACUUUGUGACUUCUAAGAUAACACAGUCUGUUGUUGUGAAGACCGAAGAAGCAAAAGUGAUUUCUAAGGAAAUUCCUGAAUCUCUGGAUUCACCUACAGUUCCAGUUAUUGACGACAAGAAAGAAUUAGCUCCAUCUCCAAUUAAAGACGAUUCUUUACAAUCUAAACCAGAGGACAGAUCGGAAAAAGUUAGCCCAGUUGAUGACAAAAAGUCUUUAGACUCACCAAAAGAUAUUUCUGAUAAGCUACUAACUGACUUUGUGACUUCUGAGAUAACACAGUCAGUUGUUGUGAAGAGCGAAGAAACAAAAGUGAUUUCUAAGGAAAUUCCUGAAUCUCCGUAUUUACCUACAGCUCCAGUUAUUGACGAUAAGAAAGAAUUAGCUCCAUCUCCAAUUAAACGUGAUUCUUUACAAUCUAAACCAGAGGACAAAUCGGAAAAAGCUAGCCCAGUUGAUGACAAAAAGUCUUUAGAUUCACAAACAGAUAUUUCUGAUAAGCUACUAACUGACUUUGUGACUUCUGAGAUAACACAGUCAGUUGUUGUGAAGAGCGAAGAAACAAAAGUGAUUUCUAAGGAAAUUCCUGAAUCUCCGUAUUUACCUACAGCUCCAGUUAUUGACGAUAAGAAAGAAUUAGCUCCAUCUCCAAUUAAAGGUGAUUCUUUACAAUCUAAACCAGAGGACAAAUCGGAAAAAGCUAGCCCAGUUGAUGACAAAAAGUCUUUAGAUUCACAAACAGAUAUUUCUGAUAAGCCACUAACUGACUUUGUGACUUCUAAGAUAACACAGUCUGUUGUUGUGAAGACCGAAGAAACAAAAGUGAUUUCUAAGGAAAUUCCCGAAUCUCCGGAUUCACCUACAGCUCCAGUUAUUGACGAUAAGAAAGAAUUAGCUCCAUCUCCAAUUAAAGGUGAUUCUUUACAAUCUAAACCAGAGGACAAAUCGGAAAAAGCUAGCCCAGUUGAUGACAAAAAGUCUUUAGAUUCACAAACAGAUAUUUCUGAUAAGCCACUAACUGACUUUGUGACUUCUAAGAUAACACAGUCUGUUGUUGUGAAGACCGAAGAAGCAAAAGUGAUUUCUAAGGAAAUUCCUGAAUCUCCGUAUUCACCUACAGCUCCAGUUAUUGACGAUAAGAAAGAAUUAGCUCCAUCUCCAAUUAAAGGUGAUUCUUUACAAUCUAAACCAGAGGACAAAUCGGAAAAAGCUAGCCCAGUUGAUGACAAAAAGUCUUUAGAUUCACAAACAGAUAUUUCUGAUAAGCCACUAACUGACUUUGUGACUUCUAAGAUAACACAGUCUGUUGUUGUGAAGACCGAAGAAACAAAAGUGAUUUCUAAGGAAAUUCCCGAAUCUCCGGAUUCACCUACAGCUCCAGUUAUUGACGAUAAGAAAGAAUUAGCUCCAUCUCCAAUUAAAGGUGAUUCUUUACAAUCUAAACCAGAGGACAAAUCGGAAAAAGCUAGCCCAGUUGAUGACAAAAAGUCUUUAGAUUCACAAACAGAUAUUUCUGAUAAGCCACUAACUGACUUUGUGACUUCUAAGAUAACACAGUCUGUUGUUGUGAAGACCGAAGAAACAAAAGUGAUUUCUAAGGAAAUUCCUGAAUCUCUGGAUUCACCUACAGUUCCAGUUAUUGACGACAAGAAAGAAUUAGCUCCAUCUCCAAUUAAAGACGAUUCUUUACAAUCUAAACCAGAGGACAAAUCGGAAAAAGCUAGCCCAGUUGAUGACAAAAAGUCUUUAGAUUCACAAACAGAUAUUUCUGAUAAGCCACUAACUGACUUUGUGACUUCUAAGAUAACACAGUCUGUUGUUGUGAAGACCGAAGAAACAAAAGUGAUUUCUAAGGAAAUUCCUGAAUCUCCGUAUUCACCUACAGCUCCAGCUAUUGACGAUAAGAAAGAAUUAGCUCCAUCUCCAAUUAAAGGUGAUUCUUUACAAUCUAAACCAGAGGACAAAUCGGAAAAAGCUGGCCCAGUUUAUGACAAAAAGUCUUUAGAUUCACAAACAGAUAUUUCUGAUAAGCCACUAACUGACUUUGUGACUUCUAAGAUAACACAGUCUGUUGUUGUGAAGACCGAAGAAACAAAAGUGAUUUCUAAGGAAAUUCCUGAAUCUCCGUAUUCACCUACAGCUCCAGUUAUUGACGAUAAGAAAGAAUUAGCUCCAUCUCCAAUUAAACGUGAUUCUUUACAAUCUAAACCAGAGGACAAAUCGGAAAAAGUCAGCCCAGCUGAUGACAAAAAGUCUUUAGACUCACCAAAAGAUAUUUCUGAUAAGCCACUAACCGACUUUGUGACUUCUAAGAUAACACAGUCUGUUGUUGUGAAGACCGAAGAAACAAAAGUGAUUUCUAAGGAAAUUCCUGAAUCUCCGGAUUCACCUACAGCUCCAGUUAUUGACGAUAAGAAAGAAUUGGCUCCAUCUCCAAUUAAAGACGAUUCUUUACAAUCUAAACCAGCAGACAAAUCGGAAGAAGUUAGCCCAGUUGAUGACAAAAAGUCUUUAGACUCACCAAAAGAUAUUUCUGAUAAGCCACUAACUGACUUUGUGACUUCUAAGAUAACACAGUCUGUUGUUGUGAAGACCGAAGAAACAAAAGUGAUUUCUAAGGAAAUUCCUGAAUCUCCGGAUUCACCUACAGCUCCAGUUAUUGACGAUAAGAAAGAAUUGGCUCCAUCUCCAAUUAAAGACGAUUCUUUACAAUCUAAACCAGCAGACAAAUCGGAAGAAGUUAGCCCAGUUGAUGACAAAAAGUCUUUAGACUCACCAAAAGAUAUUUCUGAUAAGCCACUAACUGACUUUGUGACUUCUAAGAUAACACAGUCUGUUGUUGUGAAGACCGAAGAAACAAAAGUGAUUUCUAAGGAAAUUCAUGAAUCUCCGGAUUCACCUACAGCUCCAGUUAUUGACGAUAAGAAAGAUUUAGCUCCAUCUCCAAUUAAACACGAUUCUUUACAAUCUAAACCAGCGGACAAAUCGGAAAAAGUUAGCCCAGUUGAUGACAAAAAGUCUUUAGACUCACCAAAAGAUAUUUCUGAUAAGCCACUAACUGACUUUGUGACUUCUAAGAUAACACAGUCUGUUGUUGUGAAGACCGAAGAAACAAAAGUGAUUUCUAAGGAAAUUCCUGAAUCUCCGGAUUCACCUACAGCUCCAGUUAUUGACGAUAAGAAAGCAUUAGCUCCAUCUCCAAUUAAAGACGAUUCUUUACAAUCUAAACCAGCUGACAAAUCGGAAAAAGUUAGCCCAGUUGAUGACAAAAAGUCUUUAGACUCACCAAAAGAUAUUUCUGAUAAGCCACUAACUGACUUUGUGACUUCUAAGAUAACACAGUCUGUUGUUGUGAAGACCGAAGAAACAAAAGUGAUUUCUAAGGAAAUUCCUGAAUCUCCGGCUUCACCUACAGCUCCAGUUAUUGACGAUAAGAGAGAAUUAGCUCCAUCUCCAAUUAAAGACGAUUCUUUACAAUCUAAACCAGCAGACAAAUCGGAAGAAGUCAGCCCAGUUGAUGGCAAAAAGUCUUUAGACUCACCAAAAGAUAUUUCUGAUAAGCCACUAACUGACUUUGUGACUUCUAAGAUAACACAGUCUGUUGUUGUGAAGACCGAAGAAACAAAAGUGAUUUCUAAGGAAAUUCCUGAAUCUCCGGAUUCACCUACAGCUCCAGUUAUUGACGAUAAGAGAGAAUUAGCUCCAUCUCCAAUUAAGGACGAUUCUUUACAAUCUAAACCAGCAGACAAAUCGGAAGAAGUUAGCCCAGUUGAUGACAAAAAGUCUUUAGACUCACCAAAAGAUAUUUCUGAUAAGCCACUAACUGACUUUGUGACUUCUAAGAUAACACAGUCUGUUGUUGUGAAGAGCGAAGAAACAAAAGUGAUUUCUAAGGAAAUUCCUGAAUCUCCGGAUUCACCUACAGCUCCAGUUAUUGACGAUAAGAAAGAAUUAGCUCCAUCUCCAAUUAAAGACGAUUCUUUACAAUCUAAACCAGCAGACAAAUCGGAAGAAGUUAGCCCAGUUGAUGACAAAAAGUCUUUAGACUCACCAAAAGAUAUUUCUGAUAAGCCACUAACUGACUUUGUGACUUCUAAGAUAACACAGUCUGUUGUUGUGAAGACCGAAGAAACAAAAGUGAUUUCUAAGCAAAUUCCUGAAUCUCCGGAUUCACCUACAGCUCCAGUUAUUGACGAUCAGAAAGCAUUAGCUCCAUCUCCAAUUAAAGACGAUUCUUUACAAUCUAAACCAGCGGACAAAUCGGAAGAAGUUAGCCCAGUUGAUGACAAAAAGUCGUUAGACUCACCAAAAGAUAUUUCUGAUAGGACACUAACUGACUUUGUGACUUCUAAGAUAACACAGUCUGUUGUUGUGAAGACCGAAGAAACAAAAGUGAUUUCUAAGGAAAUUCCUGAAUCUCCGGAUUCACCUACAGCUCCAGUUAUUGACGAUAAGAAAGAAUUAGCUCCAUCUCCAAUUAAACGUGAUUCUUUACAAUCUAAACCAGAGGACAAAUCGGAAAAAGUCAGCCCAGUUGAUGACAAAAAGUCUUUAGACUCACCAAAAGAUAUUUCUGAUAAGCCACUAACUGACUUUGUGACUUCUAAGAUACCACAGUCUGUUGUUGUGAAGACCGAAGAAACAAAAGUGAUUUCUAAGGAAAUUCCUGAAUCUCCGGAUUCACCUACAGCUCCAGUUAUUGACGAUAAGAAAGAAUUAGCUCCAUCUCCAAUUAAAGACGAUUCUUUACAAUCUAAACCAGCAGACAAACCGGAAGAAGUUAGCCCAGUUGAUGACAAAAAGUCAUUAGACUCACCAAAAGAUAUUUCUGAUAAGCAACUAACUGACUUUGUGACUUCUAAGAUAACACAGUCUGUUGUUGUGAAGACCGAAGAAACAAAAGUGAUUUCUAAGGAAAUUCCUGAAUCUCCGGAUUUACCUACAGCUCCAGUUAUUGACGAUAAGAAAGAAUUAGCUCAAUCUCCAAUUAAAGACGAUUCUUUACAAUCUAAACCAGCGGACAAAUCGGAAAAAGUUAGCCCAGUUGAUAACAAAAAGUCUUUAGACUCACCAAAAGAUAUUUCUGAUAAGCCACUAACUGACUUUGUGACUUCUAAGAUAACACAGUCUGUUGUUGUGAAGACCGAAGAAACAAAAGUGAUUUCUAAGGAAAUUCCUGAAUCUCCGGAUUCACCUACAGCUCCAGUUAUUGACGAUAAGAAAGCAUUAGCUCCAUCUCCAAUUAAAGACGAUUCUUUACAAUCUAAACCAGCGGACAAAUCGGAAAAAGUUGGCCCAGUUGAUGACAAAAAGUCUAAAGACUCACCAAAAGAUAUUUCUGAUAAGCCACUAACUGACUUUGUGACUUCUAAGAUAACACAGUCUGUUGUUGUGAAGACCGAAGAAACAAAAGUGAUUUCUAAGGAAAUUCCUGAAUCUCCGGAUUCACCUACAGCUCCAGUUAUUGACGAUAAGAAAGAAUUAGCUCCAUCUCCAAUUAAAGACGAUUCUUUACAAUAUAAACCAGCAGACAAAUCGGAAGAAGUUAGCCCAUUUGAUGACAAAAAGUCUUUAGACUCACCAAAAGAUAUUUCUGAUAAGCCACUAACUGACUUUGUGACUUCUAAGAUAACACAGUCUGUUGUUGUGAAGACCGAAGAAACAAAAGUGAUUUCUAAGGAAAUUCCUGAAUCUCCGGAUUCACCUACAGCUCCAGUUAUUGACGAUAAGAAAGAAUUAGCUCCAUCUCCAAAUAAAGACGAUUCUUUACAAUAUAAACCAGCAGACAAAUCGGAAGAAGUUAGCCCAUUUGAUGACAAAAAGUCUAUAGACUCACCAAAAGAUAUUUCUGAUAAGCCACUAACUGACUUUGUGACUUCUAAGAUAACACAGUCUGUUGUUGUGAAGACCGAAGAAACAAAAGUGAUUUCUAAGGAAAUUCCUGAAUCUCCGGAUUCGCCCACACCUCCAGUUAUUGACGAUAAGAAAGAAUUAGCUCCAUAUCCAAUUAAAGACGAUUCUUUACAAUCUAAACCAGCAGACAAAUCGGAAGAAGUUAGCCCAGUUGAUGACAAAAAGUCGUUAGACUCACCAAAAGAUAUUUCUGAUAAGACACUAACUGACUUUGUGACUUCUAAGAUAACACAGUCUGUUGUUGUGAAGACCGAAGAAACAAAAGUGAUUUCUAAGGAAAUUCCUGAAUCUCCGGAUUCACCUACAGCUCCAGUUAUUGACGAUAAGAAAGAAUUAGCUCCAUCUCCAAUUAAAGACGAUUCUUUACAAUCUAAACCAGCAGACAAAUCGGAAGAAGUUAGCCCAGUUGAUGACAAAAAGUCUUUAGACUCACCAAAAGAUAUUUCUGAUAAGCCACUAACUGACUUUGUGACUUCUAAGAUAACACAGUCUAUUGUUGUGAAGACCGAAGCAACAAAAGUGAUUUCUAAGGAAAUUCCUGAAUUUCCGGAUUCACCUACAGCUCCAGUUAUUGACGAUAAGAAAGAAUUAGCUCCAUCUCCAAUUAAAGACGAUUCUUUACAAUCUAAACCAGCAGACAAAUCGGAAGAAGUUAGCCCAGUUGAUGACAAAAAGUCUUUAGACUCACCAAAAGAUAUUUCUGAUAAGUCACUAACUGACUUUGUGACUUCUAAGAUAACACAGUCUGUUGUUGUGAAGAGCGAAGAAACAAAAGUGAUUUCUAAGGAAAUUCCUGAAUCUCUGGAUUCACCUACAGCUCCAGUUAUUGACGAUAAGAAAGCAUUAGCUCCAUCCCCAAUUAAAGAUGAUUCUUUACAAUCUAAACCAGAGGACAAAUCGGAAAAAUUUAGCCCAGUUGAUGACAUAAAGUCGUUAGACUCACCAAAAGAUAUUUCUGAUAAGCCACUAACUGACUUUGUGACUUCUAAGAUAACACAGUCUGUUGUUGUGAAGACCGAAGAAACAAAAGUGAUUUCUAAAGAAAUUCCUGAAUCUCCGGAUUCACCUACAGCUCCAGUUAUUGACGAUAAGAAAGAAUUAGCUCCAUCUCCAAUUAAAGAUGAUUCUUUACAAUCUAAACCAGAUGAUAAAUCGGAAAAAGUCAGCCCAGUUGAUGACAAAAAGUCUUUAGACUCACCAAAAGAUAUUUCUGAUAAGCCACUAACUGACUUUGUGACUUCUAAGAAAACAGAGUCUGUUGUUGUGAAGAACGAAGAAACAAAAGUGAUUUCUAAGGAAAUUCCUGAAUCUCCGGAUUCACCUACAGCUCCAUUUAUUGACGAUAAGAAAGAAUUAGCUCCAUCUCCAAUUAAAGAUGAUUCUUUACAAUCUAAACCAGAGGACAAAUCGGAAAAACUUAGCCCAGUUGAUGACAAAAAGUCUUUAGACUCACCAAAAGCUAUUUCUGAUAAGCCACUAACUGACUUUGUGACUUCUAAGAUAACACAGUCUGUUGUUGUGAAGACCGAAGAAACAAAAGUGAUUUCUAUGGAAUCUCCUGAAUCUCCGGAUUCACCUACAGCUCCAGUUAUUGAUGAUAAGAAAGAAUUAGCUUCAUCUCCAAUUAAAGAUGAUUCUCUACAAUCUAAACCAGCUGACAAAUCGGAAAAAGUUAGCCCAGUUGAUGACAAAAAGACUAUAGACUCACCAAAAGAUAUCUCUGAUAAGCCACUAACUGACUUUGUGACUUCUAAGAUAACACAGUCUGUUGUUGUGAAGACCGAAGAAACAAAAGUGAUUUCUAAGGAAAUUCCUGAAUCUCCGGAUUCACCUACAGCUCCAGUUAUUGACGAUAAGAAAGAAUUAGCUCCAUCUCCAAUUAAACGUGAUUCUUUACAAUCUAAACCAGAGGACAAAUCGGAAAAAGUCAGCCCAGUUGAUGACAAAAAGUCUUUAGACUCACCAAAAGAUAUUUCUGAUAAGCCACUAACUGACUUUGUGACUUCUAAGAUAACACAGUCUGUUGUUGUGAAGACCGAAGAAACAAAAGUGAUUUCUAAGGAAAUUCCUGAAUCUCCGGAUUCACCUACAGCUCCAGUUAUUGACGAUAAGAAAGAAUUAGCUCCAUCUCCAAUUAAACGUGAUUCUUUACAAUCUAAACCAGAGGACAAAUCGGAAAAAGUCAGCCCAGUUGAUGACAAAAAGUCUUUAGACUCACCAAAAGAUAUUUCUGAUAAGCCACUAACUGACUUUGUGACUUCUAAGAUAACACAGUCUGUUGUUGUGAAGACCGAAGAAACAAAAGUGAUUUCUAAGGAAAUUCCUGAAUCUCCGGAUUCACCUACAGCUCCAGUUAUUGACGAUAAGAAAGAAUUAGCUCCAUCUCCAAUUAAAGACGGUUCUUUACAAUCUAAACCAGCAGACAAACCGGAAGAAGUUAGCCCAGUUGAUGACAAAAAGUCUUUAGACUCACCAAAAGAUAUUUCUGAUAAGCCACUAACUGACUUUGUGACUUCUAAGAUAACACAGUCUGUUGUUGUGAAGACCGAAGAAACAAAAGUGAUUUCUAAGGAAAUUCCUGAAUCUCCGGAUUCACCUACAGCUCCAGUUAUUGACGAUAAGAAAGAAUUAGCUCCAUCUCCAAUUAAAGACGAUUCUUUACAAUCUAAACCAGCAGACAAAUCGGAAGAAGUUAGCCCAGUUGAUGACAAAAAGUCUUUAGACUCACCAAAAGAUAUUUCUGAUAAGCCACUAACUGACUUUGUGACUUCUAAGAUAACACAGUCUGUUGUUGUGAAGACCGAAGAAACAAAAGUGAUUUCUAAGGAAAUUCCUGAAUCUCCGGAUUCACCUACAGCUCCAGUUAUUGACGAUAAGAAAGAAUUAGCUCCAUCUCCAAUUAAAGACGAUUCUUUACAAUCUAAACCAGCAGACAAAUCGGAAGAAACUGAAGAAACAAAAGUGAUUUCUAAGGAAAUUCCUGAAUCUCCGGAUUCACCUACAGCUCCAGUUAUUGACGAUAAGAAAGAAUUAGCUCCAUCUCCAAUUAAAGACGAUUCUUUACAAUCUAAACCAGCAGACAAAUCGGAAGAAGUUAGCCCAGUUGAUGACAAAAAGUCUUUAGACUCACCAAAAGAUAUUUCUGAUAAGCCACUAACUGACUUUGUGACUUCUAAGAUAACACAGUCUGUUGUUGUGAAGACCGAAGAAACAAAACUCCAGUUAUUGACGAUAAGAAAGCAAUUAGCUCCAUCUCCAAUUAAAGACGAUUCUUUACAAUCUAAACCAGCAGACAAAUCGGAAGAAGUUAGCCCAGUUGAUGACAAAAAGUAUUUAGACUCACCAAAAGAUAUUUCUGAUAAGCCACUAACUGACUUUGUGACUUCUAAGAUAACACAGUCUGUUGUUGUGAAGACCGAAGAAACAAAAGUGAUUUCUAAGGAAAUUCCUGAAUCUCCGGAUUCACCUACAGCUCCAGUUAUUGACGAUAAGAAAGAAUUAGCUCCAUCUCCAAUUAAAGACGAUUCUUUACAAUCUAAACCAGCAGACAAAUCGGAAAGAAAUAUUUCUGAUAAGCCACUAACUGACUUUGUGACUUCUAAGAUAACACAGUCUGUUGUUGUGAAGACUGAAGAAACAAAAGUGAUUUCUAAGGAAAUUCCUGAAUCUCCGGAUUCACCUACAGCUCCAGUUAUUGACGAUAAGAAAGCAUUAGCUCCAUCUCCAAUUAAAGACGAUUCUUUACAAUCUAAACCAGCAGACAAAUCGGAAGAAGUUAGCCCAGUUGAUGACAAAAAGUCUUUAGACUCACCAAAAGAUAUUUCUGAUAAGCCACUAACUGACUUUGUGACUUCUAAGAUAACACAGUCUGUUGUUGUGAAGACCGAAGAAACAAAAGUGAUUUCUAAAGAAAUUCCUGAAUCUCCAGAUUCACCUACAGCUCCAGUUAUUGACGAUAAGAAAGAAUUAGCUCCAUCUCCAAUUAAAGACGAUUCUUUACAAUCUAAACCAGCGUACAAAUCGGAAAAAGUUAGCCCAGUUGAUGACAAAAAGUCUUUAGACUCACCAAAAGAUAUUUCUGAUAAGCCACUAACUGACUUUGUGACUUCUAAGAUAACACAGUCUGUUGUUGUGAAGACCGAAGAAACAAAAGUGAUUUCUAAGGAAAUUCCUGAAUCUCCGGAUUCACCUACAGCUCCAGUUAUUGACGAUAAGAAAGAAUUAGCUCCAUCUCCAAUUAAAGACGAUUCUUUACAAUCUAAACCAGCGUACAAAUCGGAAAAAGUUAGCCCAGUUGAUGACAAAAAGUCUUUAGACUCACCAAAAGAUAUUUCUGAUAAGCCACUAACUGACUUUGUGACUUCUAAGAUAACACAGUCUGUUGUUGUGAAGACCGAAGAAACAAAAGUGAUUUCUAAGGAAAUUCCUGAAUCUCCGGAUUCACCUACAGCUCCAGUUAUUGACGAUAAGAAAGAAUUAGCUCCAUCUCCAAUUAAAGAUGAUUCUUUACAAUCUAAACCAGAGGACAAAUCGGAAAAAGGUAGCCCAGUUGAUGACAAAAAGUCUUUAGACUCACCAAAAGAUAUUUCUGAUAAGCCACUAACUGACUUUGUGACUUCUAAGAUAACACAGUCUGUUGUUGUGAAGACCGAAGAAACAAAAGUGAUUUCUAAGGAAAUUCUUGAAUCUCCAGAUUCACCUACAGCUACAGUUAUUGACGAUAAGAAAGAAUUAGCUCCAUCUCCAAUUAAAGACGAUUCUUUACAAUCUAAACCAGAGGACAAAUCGGAAAAAGUUAGCCCAGUUGAUGACAAAAAGUCUUUAGACUCACCAAAAGAUAUUUCUGAUAAGCCAUUAACUGACUUUGUAACUUCUAAGAUAACACAGUCUGUUGUUGUGAAGACCGAAGAAACAAAAGUGAUUUCUAAGGAAAUUCCUGAAUCUCCAGAUUCACCUACAGCUACAGUUAUUGACGAUAAGAAAGAAUUAGCUCCAUCUCCAAUUAAAGAUGAUUCUUUACCAUCUAAACCAGAUGACAAAUCCGAAAAGUUAGCCCAGUUGAUGACAAAAACUCCAGUUAUUGACGAUAAGAAAGAAUUAGCUCCAUCUCCAAUUAAAGAUGAUUCUUUACCAUCUAAACCAGAUGACAAAUCCGAAAAAGUUAGCCCAGUUGAUGACGAAAAGUCUUUAGACUCACCAAAAGAUAUUUCUGAUAAGCCACUAACUGACUCUGUGACUUCUAAGAUAACACAGUCUGUUGUUCUGAAGACCGAAGAAACAAAAGUGAUUUCUAAGGAAAUUCUUGAAUCUCCAGAUUCACCUACAGCUCCAGUUAUUGACGAUAAGAAAGAAUUAGCUCCAUCUCCAAUUAAAGAUGAUUCUUUACCAUCUAAACCAGAGGACAAAUCCGAAAAAGUUAGAAUUCCUGAAUCUCCAGAUUCACCUACAGCUCCAGUUAUUGACGAUAAGAAAGAAUUAGCUCCAUCUCCAAUUAAAGAUGAUUCUUUACCAUCUAAACCAGAGGACAAAUCCGAAAAAGUUAGCCCAGUUGAUGACAAAAAGUCUUUAGACUCACCAAAAGAUAUUUCUGAUAAGCCACUAACUGACUUUGUAACUUCUAAGAUAACACAGUCUGUUGUUGUGAAGACCGAAGAAACAAAAGUGAUUUCUAAGGAAAUUCCUGAAUCUCCGGAUUCACCUACAGCUCCAGUUAUUGACGAUAAGAAAGAAUUAGCUCCAUCUCCAAUUAAAGAUGAUUCUUUACCAUCUAAACCAGAUGACAAAUCCGAAAAAGUUAGCCCAGUUGAUGACGAAAAGUCUUUAGACUCACCAAAAGAUAUUUCUGAUAAGCCACUAACUGACUUUGUAACUUCUAAGAUAACACAGUCUGUUGUUGUGAAGACCGAAGAAACAAAAGUGAUUUCUAUGGAAUACCCUGAAUCUCCGGAUUCACCUACAGCUCCAGUUAUUGACGAUAAGAAAGAAUUAGCUCCAUCUCCAAUUAAAGAUUAUUCUUUACCAUCUAAACCAGAGGACAAAUCCGAAAAAGUUAGCCCAGUUGAUGACAAAAAGUCUUUAGACUCACCAAAAGAUAUUUCUGAUAAGCCACUAACUGACUUUGUAACUUCUAAGAUAACACAGUCUGUUGUUGUGAAGACCGAAGAAACAAAAGUGAUUUCUAUGGAAUCCCCUGAAUCUCCGGAUUCACCUACAGCUCCACUUAUUGACGAUAAGAAAGAAUUAGCUCCAUCUCCAAUUAAAGAUGAUUCUUUACCAUCUAAACCAGAUGACAAAUCCAAAAAAGUUAGCCCAGUUGAUGACAAAAAGUCUUUAGACUCAUCAAAAGAUAUUUCUGAUAAGCCAUUAACUGACUUUGUAACUUCUAAGAUAACACAGUCUGUUGUUGUGAAGACCGAAGAAACAAAAGUGAUUUCUAAGGAAAUUCUUGAAUCUCCAGAUUCACCUACAGCUACAGUUAUUGACGAUAAGAAAGAAUUAGCUCCAUCUCCAAUUAAAGAUGAUUCUUUACCAUCUAAACCAGAGGACAAAUCGGAAAAAGCUAGUCCAGUUGAUGACAAAAAGUCUUUAGAUUCACAAACAGAUAUUUCUGAUAAGCCACUAACUGACUUUGUGACUUCUAAGAUAACACAGUCUGUUGUUGUGAAGACCGAAGAAACAAAAGUGAUUUCUAAAGAAAUUCCUGAAUCUCCGGAUUCACCUACAGCUCCAGUUAUUGACGAUAAGAAAGAAUUAGCUCCAUCUCCAAUUAAAGGUGAUUCUUUACAAUCUAAACCAGAGGACAAAUCGGAAAAAGCUAGCCCAGUUGAUGACAAAAAGUCUUUAGAUUCACAAACAGAUAUUUCUGAUAAGCCACUAACUGACUUUGUGACUUCUAAGAUAACACAGUCUGUUGUUGUGAAGACCGAAGAAACAAAAGUGAUUUCUAUGGAAUCUCCUGAAUCUCCGGAUUCACCUACAGCUCCAGUUAUUGACGAUAAGAAAGAAUUAGCCUCAUCUCCAAUUAAAGAUGAUUCUUUACAAUCUAAACCAGCGGACAAAUCGGAAAAAGUUAGCCCAGUUGAGGACAAAAAGACUUUAGACUCACCAAAAGAUAUCUCUGAUAAGCCACUAACUGACUUUGUGACUUCUAAGAUGACACAGUCUGUUGUUGUGAAGACCGAAGAAACAAAAGUGAUUUCUAAGGAAAUUCCUGAAUCUCCGGAUUCACCUAUAGCUCCAGUUAUUGACGAUAAGAAAGAAUUAGCUCCAUCUCCAAUUAAAGAUGAUUCUUUACAAUCUAAACCAGCGGACAAAUCGGAAAAAGUUACCCCAGUUGAUGACAAAAAGUCUUUAGACUCACCAAAAGAUAUCUCUGAUAAGCCACUAACUGACUCUGUGACUUCUAAGAUAACACAGUCUGUUGUUCUGAAGACCGAAGAAACAAAAGUGAUUUCUAAAGAAAUUCUUGAAUCUCCAGAUUCACCUACAGCUCCAGUUAUUGACGAUCAGAAACAAUUAGCUCCAUCUCCAAUUAAUGAUGAUUCUUUACCAUCUAAACCAGAGGACAAAUCCGAAAAAGUUAGCCCAGUUGAUGACAAAAAGUCUUUAGACUCACCAAAAGAUAUUUCUGAUAAGUCAUUAACUGACUUUGUAACUUCUAAGAUAACACAGUCUGUUGUUGUGAAGACCGAAGAAACAAAAGUGAUUUCUAAGGAAAUUCUUGAAUCUCCAGAUUCACCUACAGCUCCAGUUAUUGACGAUAAGAAAGAAUUAGCUCCAUCUCCAAUUAAAGAUGAUUCUUUACCAUCUAAACCAGAUGACAAAUCCGAAAAAGUUAGCCCAGUUGAUGACGAAAAGUCUUUAGCCUCACCAAAAGAUAUUUCUGAUAAGCCACUAACUGACUCUGUGACUUCUAAGAUAACACAGUCUGUUGUUCUGAAGACCGAAGAAACAAAAGUGAUUUCUAAAGAAAUUCUUGAAUCUCCAGAUUCACCUACAGCUCCAGUUAUUGACGAUCAGAAACAAUUAGCUCCAUCUCCAAUUAAUGAUGAUUCUUUACCAUCUAAACCAGAGGACAAAUCCGAAAAAGUUAGCCCAGUUGAUGACAAAAAGUCUUUAGACUCACCAAAAGAUAUUUCUGAUAAGUCAUUAACUGACUUUGUAACUUCUAAGAUAACACAGUCUGUUGUUGUGAAGACCGAAGAAACAAAAGUGAUUUCUAAGGAAAUUCUUGAAUCUCCAGAUUCACCUACAGCUCCAGUUAUUGACGAUAAGAAAGAAUUAGCUCCAUCUCCAAUUAAAGAUGAUUCUUUACCAUCUAAACCAGAUGACAAAUCCGAAAAAGUUAGCCCAGUUGAUGACGAAAAGUCUUUAGACUCACCAAAAGAUAUUUCUGAUAAGCCACUAACUGACUUUGUAACUUCUAAGAUAACACAGUCUGUUGUUGUGAAGACCGAAGAAACAAAAGUGAUUUCUAUGGAAUCCCCCGAAUCUCCGGAUUCACCUACAGCUCCAGUUAUUGACGAUAAGAAAGAAUUAGCUCCAUCUCCAAUUAAAGAUGAUUCUUUACCAUCUAAACCAGAGGACAAAUCCGAAAAAGUUAGCCCAGUUGAUGACAAAAAGUCUUUAGACUCACCAAAAGAUAUUUCUGAUAAGCCAUUAACUGACUUUGUAACUUCUAAGAUAACACAGUCUGUUGUUGUGAAGACCAAAGAAACAAAAGUGAUUUCUAAGGAAAUUCUUGAAUCUCCGGAUUCACCUACAGCUCCAGUUAUUGACGAUAAGAAAGAAUUAGCUCCAUCUCCAAUUAAAGAUUAUUCUUUACCAUCUAAACCAGAGGACAAAUCCGAAAAAGUUAGCCCAGUUGAUGAUGAAAAGUCUUUAGACUCACCAAAAGAUAUUUCUGAUAAGCCACUAACUGACUUUGUAACUUCUAAGAUAACACAGUCUGUUGUUGUGAAGACCGAAGAAACAAAAGUGAUUUCUAUGGAAUCCCCUGAAUCUCCGGAUUCACCUACAGCUCCAGGUAUUGACGAUAAGAAAGAAUUAGCUCCAUCUCCAAUUAAAGAUGAUUCUUUACCAUAUAAACCAGAGGACAAAUCCGAAAAAGUUAGCUCAGUUGAUGACAAAAAGUCUUUAGACUCACCAAAAGAUAUUUCUGAUAAGCCACUAACUGACUUUGUAACUUCUAAGAUAACACAGUCUGUUGUUGUGAAGACCGAAGAAACAAAAGUGAUUUCUAAGGAAAUUCCUGAAUCUCUAGAUUCACCUACAGCUACAGUUAUUGACGAUAAGAAAGAAUUAGCUCCAUAUCCAAUUAAAGAUGAUUCUUUACCAUCUAAACCAGAUGACAAAUCCGAAAAAGUUAGCCCAGUUGAUGACGAAAAGUCUUUAGACUCACCAAAAGAUAUUUCUGAUAAGCCACUAACUGACUCUGUGACUUCUAAGAUAACACAGUCUGUUGUUCUGAAGACCGAAGAAACAAAAGUGAUUUCUAAAGAAAUUCUUGAAUCGUCAGAUUCACCUACAGCUCCAGUUAUUGACGAUAAGAAAGAAUUAGCUCCAUCUCCAAUUAAAGAUGAUUCUUUACCAUCUAAACCAGAGGACAAAUCCGAAAAAGUUAGCCCAGUUGAUGACAAAAAGUCUUUAGACUCACCAAAAGAUAUUUCUGAUAAGCCAUUAACUGACUUUGUAACUUCUAAGAUAACACAGUCUGUUGUUGUGAAGACCGAAGAAACAAAAGUGAUUUCUAAGGAAAUUCUUGAAUCUCCAGAUUCACCUACAGCUCCAGUUAUUGACGAUAAGAAAGAAUUAGCUCCAUCUCCAAUUAAAGAUGAUUCUUUACCAUCUAAACCAGAUGACAAAUCCGAAAAAGUUAGCCCAGUUGAUGACGAAAAGUCUUUAGACUCACCAAAAGAUAUUUCUGAUAAGCCACUAACUGACUUUGUAACUUCUAAGAUAACACAGUCUGUUGUUGUGAAGACCGAAGAAACAAAAGUGAUUUCUAAGGAAAUUCUUGAAUCUCCAGAUUCACCUACAGCUACAGUUAUUGACGAUAAGAAAGAAUUAGCUCCAUCUCCAAUUAAAGAUGAUUCUUUACCAUCUAAACCAGAGGACAAAUCCGAAAAAGUUAGCCCAGUUGAUGACGAAAAGUCUUUAGACUCACCAAAAGAUAUUUCUGAUAAGCCACUAACUGACUUUGUAACUUCUAAGAUAACACAGUCUGUUGUUGUGAAGACCAAAGAAACAAAAGUGAUUUCUAUGGAAUCCCCUGAAUCUCCGGAUUCACCUACAGCUCCAGUUAUUGACGAUAAGAAAGAAUUAGCUCCAUCUCCAAUUAAAGAUGAUUCUUUACCACCUAAACCAGAGGACAAAUCCGAAAAAGUUAGCCCAGUUGAUGACAAAAAGUCUUUAGACUCACCAAAAGAUAUUUCUGAUAAGCCAUUAACUGACUUUGUAACUUCUAAGAUAACACAGUCUGUUGUUGUGAAGACCGAAGAAACAAAAGUGAUUUCUAAGGAAAUUCUUGAAUCUCCAAAUUCACCUACAGUUCCAGUUAUUGACGAUAAGAAAGAAUUAGCUCCAUCUCCAAUUAAAGAUGAUUCUUUACCAUCUAAACCAGAUGACAAAUCCGAAAAAGUUAGCCCAGUUGAUGACGAAAAGUCUUUAGACUCACCAAAAGAUAUUUCUGAUAAGCCACUAACUGACUUUGUAACUUCUAAGAUAACACAGUCUGUUGUUGUGAAGACCGAAGAAACAAAAGUGAUUUCUAAGGAAAUUCUUGAAUCUCCAGAUUCACCUACAGCUACAGUUAUUGACGAUAAGAAAGAAUUAGCUCCAUCUCCAAUUAAAGAUGAUUCUUUACCAUCUAAACCAGAGGACAAAUCCGAAACAGUUAGCCCAGUUGAUGACGAAAAGUCUUUAGACUCACCAAAAGAUAUUUCUGAUAAGCCACUAACUGACUUUGUAACUUCUAAGAUAACACAGUCUGUUGUUGUGAAGACCGAAGAAACAAAAGUGAUUUCUAUGGAAUCCCCUGAAUCUCCGGAUUCACCUACAGCUCCAGUUAUUGACGAUAAGAAAGAAUUAGCUCCAUCUCCAAUUAAAGAUGAUUCUUUACCAUCUAAACCAGAUGACAAAUCCGAAAAAGUUAGCCCAGUUGAUGACGAAAAGUCUUUAGACUCACCAAAAGAUAUUUCUGAUAAGCCACUAACUGACUCUGUGACUUCUAAGAUAACACAGUCUGUUGUUCUGAAGACCGAAGAAACAAAAGUGAUUUCUAAAGAAAUUCUUGAAUCUCCAGAUUCACCUACAGCUCCAGUUAUUGACGAUAAGAAAGAAUUAGCUCCAUCUCCAAUUAAAGAUGAUUCUUUACCAUCUAAACCAGAGGACAAAUCCGAAAAAGUUAGCCCAGUUGAUGACAAAAAGUCUUUAGUCUCACCAAAAGAUAUUUCUGAUAAGCCAUUAACUGACUUUGUAACUUAUAAGAUAACACAGUCUGUUGUUGUGAAGACCGAAGAAACAAAAGUGAUUUCUAAGGAAAUUCUUGAAUCUCCAGAUUCACCUACAGCUCCAGUUAUUGACGAUAAGAAAGAAUUAGCUCCAUCUCCAAUUAAAGAUGAUUCUUUACCAUCUAAACCAGAUGACAAAUCCGAAAAAGUUAGCCCAGUUGAUGACGAAAAGUCUUUAGACUCACCAAAAGAUAUUUCUGAUAAGCCACUAACUGACUUUGUAACUUCUAAGAUAACACAGUCUGUUGUUGUGAAGACCGAAGAAACAAAAGUGAUUUCUAAGGAAAUUCUUGAAUCUCCAGAUUCACCUACAGCUACAGUUAUUGUCGAUAAGAAAGAAUUAGCUCCAUCUCCAAUUAAAGAUGAUUCUUUACCAUCUAAACCAGAGGACAAAUCCGAAAAAGUUAGCCCAGUUGAUGACGAAAAGUCUUUAGACUCACCAAAAGAUAUUUCUGAUAAGCCACUAACUGACUUUGUAACUUCUAAGAUAACACAGUCUGUUGUUGUGAAGACCAAAGAAACAAAAGUGAUUUCUAUGGAAUCGCCUGAAUCUCCGGAUUCACCUACAGCUCCAGUUAUUGACGAUAAGAAAGAAUUAGCUCCAUCUCCAAUUAAAGAUGAUUCUUUACCAUCUAAACCAGAGGACAAAUCCGAAAAAGUUAGCCCAGUUGAUGACAAAAAGUCUUCAGACUCACCAAAAGAUAUUUCUGAUAAGCCAUUAACUGACUUUGUAACUUCUAAGAUAACACAGUCUGUUGUUGUGAAGACCGAAGAAACAAAAGUGAUUUCUAAGGAAAUUCUUGAAUCUCCAGAUUCACCUACAGCUACAGUUAUUGACGAUAAGAAAGAAUUAGAUCCAUCUCCAAUUAAAGAUGAUUCUUUACCAUCUAAACCAGAGGACAAAUCCGAAAAAGUUAGCCCAGUUGAUGACGAAAAGUCUUUAGACUCACCAAAAGAUAUUUCUGAUAAGCCACUAACUGACUUUGUAACUUCUAAGAUAACACAGUCUGUUGUUGUGAAGACCGAAGAAACAAAAGUGAUUUCUAAGGAAAUUCUUGAAUCUCCAGAUUCACCUACAGCUACAGUUAUUGUCGAUAAGAAAGAAUUAGCUCCAUCUCCAAUUAAAGAUGAUUCUUUACCAUCUAAACCAGAGGACAAAUCCGAAAAAGUUAGCCCAGUUGAUGACGAAAAGCCUUUAGACUCACCAAAAGAUAUUUCUGAUAAGCCACUAACUGACUUUGUAACUUCUAAGAUAACACAGUCUGUUGUUGUGAAGACCGAAGAAACAAAAGUGAUUUCUAUGGAAUCCCCUGAAUCUCCGGAUUCACCUACAGCUCCAGUUAUUGACGAUAAGAAAGAAUUAGCUCCAUCUCCAAUUAAAGAUGAUUCUUUACCAUCUAAACCAGAGGACAAAUCCGAAAAAGUUAGCCCAGUUGAUGACAAAAAGUCUUUAGACUCACCAAAAGAUAUUUCUGAUAAGCCAUUAACUGACUUUGUAACUUCUAAGAUAGCACAGUCUGUUGUUGUGAAGACCGAAGAAACAAAAGUGAUUUCUAAGGAAAUUCUUGAAUCUCCAGAUUCACCUACAGCUACAGUUAUUGACGAUAAGAAAGAAUUAGAUCCAUCUCCAAUUAAAGAUGAUUCUUUACCAUCUAAACCAGAGGACAAAUCCGAAAAAGUUAGCCCAGUUGAUAACGAAAAGUCUUUAGACUCACCAAAAGAUAUUUCUGAUAAGCCACUAACUGACUUUGUAACUUCUAAGAUAACACAGUCUGUUGUUGUGAGUGAAGAAACAAAAGUGAUUUCUAUGGAAUCCCCUGAAUCUCCGGAUUCACCUACAGCUCCAGUUAUUGACGAUAAGAGAGAAUUAGCUCCAUCUCCAAUUAAAGAUGAUUCUUUACAAUCUAAACCAGAGGACAAAUCGGAAAAAGUUAGCCCAGUUGAUGACAAAAAGUCUUUAGACUCACCAAAAGAUAUUUCUGAUAAGCCACUAACUGACUUUGUAACUUCUAAGAUAACACAGUCUGUUGUUGUGAAGACCGAAGAAACAAAAGUGAUUUCUAAGGAUAUUCUUGAACCUCCAGAUUCACCUACAGCUACAGUUAUUGACGAUAAGAAAGAAUUAGCUUCAUCUCCAAUUAAAGAUGAUUCUUUACAAUCUAAACCAGCGGACAAAUCGGAAAAAGUUAUCCCAGUUGAUGACAAAAAGUGUUUAGACUCACCAAAAGAUAUUUCUGAUAAGCCACUUACUGACUUUGUAACUUCUAAGAUAACACAGUCUGUUGUUGUGAAGACCGAAGAAACAAAAGUGAUUUCUUUGGAAUCUCCUGAAUCUCCGGAUUCACCUACAACUCCAGUUAUUGACGCUAAGAAAGAAUUAGCUCCAUCUCCAAUUAAAGAUGAUUCUUUACAAUCUAAACCAGAGGACAAAUCGGAAAAAGUUAGCCCAGUUGAUGACAAAAAGUCUUUAGACUCACCAAAAGCUAUUUCUGAUAAGCCACUAACUGACUUUGUGACUUCUAAGAUAACACAGUCUGUUGUUCUGAAGACCGAAGAAACAAAAGUGAUUUCUAAGGAAAUUCCUGAAUCUCCGGAUUCACCUACAGCUCCAGUUAUUGACGAUAAGAACGAAUUAGCUCCAUCUCUAAUUAAAGAUGAUUCUUUACAAUCUAAACCAGAGGACAGAUCGGAAAGAGUUAGCCCAGUUGAUGAAAAAAAGUCUUUAGACUCACCAAAAGAUAUUUCUGAUAAGCCACUAACCGAUUUUGUGACUUCUAAGAUAAUACAGUCUGUUGUUGUGAAGACCGAAGAAACAAAAGUGAUUUCUAAGGAAAUUUCUGAAUCUCCUGAUUCACCUACAGCUUCAGUUAUUGACGAUAAGAUAGCAUUAGCCCCAUCUCCAAUUAAAGAUGAUUCUUUACAAUCCAAACCAGAAAAAUCGGGAAAAGUUAGCCCAGUUGUUGACAAAAAGCCUUUAGAUUCACCAAAAGAUAUUUCUGAUAUGCUACUAACUGACUUUGUGACUUCUAAGAUAACACAGUCUGCUGUUGUGAAGACCGAAGAAACAAAAGUGAUUUCUAAGGAAAUUCCUGAAUCUCCGGAUUCAACUACAGCUCCAGUUAUUGACGAUAAGAAAGAAUUAGCUCCAUCUCCAAUUAAAGAUGAUUCUUUACAAUAUAAACCAGAUGACAAAUCGGACAAAAUUAGCCCAGGUGAUGACAAAAAGUCUUUAGAUUCAUCAAAAGAUAUUUCUGAUAAGCCACUAACUGACUUUGUGACUUCUGAGAUAACACAGUCUGUUGUUGUGAAGACCAAAGAAACAAAAGUGAUUUCUAUGGAAUCUCCUGAAUCUCCGGAUUCACCUACAGCUCCAGUUAUUGACGAUAAGAAAGAAUUGGCUCCAUCUCCAAUUAAAGAUGAUUCUUUACAAUCUAAACCAGAUGACAGAUCGGAAAAAGUUAGCCCAGUUGAUGACAAAAAGUCUUUAGAUUCAUCAAAAGAUAUUUCUUAUAAGCCACUAACUGACUUUGUGACUUCUGAGAUAACACAGUCUGUUGUUGUGAAGACCAAAGAAACAAAAGUGAUUUCUAUGGAAUCUCCUGAAUCUCCGGAUUCACCUACAGCUCCAGUUAUUGACGAUAAGAAAGAAUUAGCUCCAUCUUCAAUUAAAGGUGAUUCUUUACAUACUAAACCAGAGGACAAAUCCGAAAAAGUUAGCCCAGUUGAUGACGAAAAGUCUUUAGACUCACCAAAAGAUAUUUCUGAUAAGCCACUAACUGACUUUGUGACUUCUAAGAUAACGCAGUCUGUUGUUCUGAAGACCGAAGAAACAAAAGUGAUUUGUAUGGAAUCUCCUGAAUCUCCGGAUUCACCUACAGCUCCAGUUAUUGACGAUAAGAAAGAAUUAGCUCCAUCUUCAAUCAAAGGUGAUUCUUUACAAUCUAAACCAGAGGACAAAUCGGAAAAACUUAGCCCAGUUGAUGACAAAAAGUCUUUGGACUCACCAAAAGCUAUUUCUGAUAAGCCACUAACUGACUUUGUGACUUCUAAGAUAACGCAGUCUGUUGUUGUGAAAACCGAAGAAACCAAAGUGAUUUCUAUGGAAUCUCCUGAAUCUCCGGAUUCACCUACAGCUCCAGUUGUUGACGAUAAGAAAGAAUUAGCUCCAUCUUCAAUCAAAGGUGAUUCUUUACAAUCUAAACCAGAGGACAAAUCCGAAAAAGUUAGCCCAGUUGAUGACAAAAAGUCUUUAGACUCACCAAAAGCUAUUUCUGAUAAGCCGCUAACUGACUUUGUGACUUCUAAGAUAACACAGUCUGUUGUUGUGAAGACCGAAGAAACAAAAGUGAUUUCUAAGGAAAUUUCUGAAUCUCCGGAUUCACCUUCAGCUUCAGUUAUUGACGAUAAGAUAGCAAUAGCCCCAUCUCCAAUUAAAGAUGAUUCUUUACAAUCCAAACCAGAAAAAUCGGGAAAAGUUAUCCCAGUUGAUGACAAACAGUCUUUGAUCUCACCAAAUGAUUGUUCUAAUAAACCAUUAACUGACUUCGUGACUCCUAAGAUGACACAGUCUGUUGUCGUGAAUACCGAAGAAAGAAAAGUAAUUUCUAAGGAAAUUCCUGAAUCUCCGAACUCAACUGCAGAUUUAGUAAUUGGCAAUAAAGUUCCUGAUGAAGUGAAGAAGUACACCGUUCAGUCUUUUGAUGAAGAUUUGUCACCUGAACGAACUGAUGAAAUACCUGAAAUGGCAAGUCCUUUAAAUGAUUUACUAGAAGAGUUAAGUGAAAAAGAUGAGAGAUAUCCAAUUUGUAAGGUGGUCGAUGCUGCUGACGACUGUUUUGACGUCGAUAUGUCAGCGUCAUUCGAACCAUUAUCUCCAUCCCGUGAACUUUCUCGAGACACUGAACUUAACACGUCUAGGGACUCUGAUAUUAUUUCUAUCUUAACCGAUAAAAUGCAAAUAUCGACAAUUGUUGGACAUGACGUCUCCGUAACAUCUGAGAAAGCAGAUAUUGCGGAUGAUGUCCUUACACGGAAAAGUAGCACAGCUACAUCGACAAGUGAUGGACGUGCAAUGAGUUCCGUGAAAUCGAGAAAACAAAUUGUUAAACAGUCCCAACAAGAAUCCAAGUAUUCGCCGAAAAGUACUCGCAAACAGGUUACAAAAUCAUCUGCAGUUGUUGAGCAAACAGAGGUGCAGACAAUUCAUUCGCCGACAAAACGAAAUAGAAAGAAGCCCGUCAUUGAAUCAAAAAGUACAUCGUCGGACGAUAAUAAUCUUACGACAGGGCGAGAUAAGAAGCCUCCAAGUAAGAAGAGGCCGAAACCUGUAGAAAGCUCUGCUUCAUCUAUGGUUAAGCAAUCAUCGCAAAAGAUCUCCGUAUCUAAAGAAGCUACCUUAAACGUUAAAACUAAAAAGACAGAAACAAAUUUGAUCAAGAAGGACAAAACGUUAAUAUCGUCAGAUACAUCUGCGAGAAGGGUUACUAAAACUAGCACUAGAACUUAUGGCUACAUGCAAUCGACAGUUUCACGUGAUCAAAAGGUCGGUAAAUUUACUGCUGAAACUGGUAAACAGCUAUAUGAGUCUGCGUAUAAGUACAAAAAAGUAGCCCCAGGCGAAAAUAUCGAAAUCACAAAGUCCAAACUUACAGGAUCAAGAGUCGGAACACCAGAUCUGAAACCUAGAGUGCCAGUGAAGGGAAAAUUAAGUUCUCGAUCUGGAACUCCCGAUACUAUUGUACGAAAAUUCAGUAAGUCUAUCAGCACAAGCUCUGAAGAAGGCGAUGUCGGCAAGAGGACUAAAAGAAUAAUCGAUACGUCCUCGCCAGCACAAUAUACGACAAAGAAUAUGAAAAUCACAUCUGAGUCCACAUACAAAAGUGCACAGAAAACUAGAAUCAUGACCACAAAUGUAUCCACGACCAAGACAAGCAUUCCAACGACGAAGCCCUUGAAUAAGAAACAAAUGACCAAUGAAACGAAGACUGAAAGUGUUGUAAAAAAGCAAGUUAAACGUACCAAGGCUGAGCCAACCGGCACCGAAUCGAAAAUUCCAAGAGCAAUGAUUCCAAUAAAGCAAGCAGAAACACAACAGAAACCUAAGCCUAUCGCAAAAGCGAAGAAAGACGAGAGUAACAAAAAAAUGGUCCAGAGUAAUCAAAAAACGGUAUCAACAAUGGGUUCAUUCGUCCAUAGGCAACACGUAGCCGACAAUGUCGAUCCUGUUCAACCAUCUGACGACCUAUUUAGAUAUGAGGAAGCAAUUCAAGUUGAUGAUGUUAGUGUGAGACAGGCGAGCAGUCAACAAGAUCCAGACAGCACAAAAGGAUACGAUAACGAUAGUGUUCGCAUUGAAGCCAUUAACUUAGUUGAUAGUGUGCUAGAUCAAAGUUUAAGCAUUGUUCAUUCACAACAUUAUCCAGACACAAUCCGUUCAGAAAGUGAACAUUUUGCCAUCACUUGUGACGUGACCGGUAUUGAUCUGAUCAAAUCGCCAACGAUCGAAUCCAUGUCCGGCAAAUCGUUUGACGAUUUUAUGCCGGACAUUGAUGUUGGCUGUAAUGUUAACGAACGCAACAAUAGUUUGUGUAUGGUCGCCGAUCACAUCACAGAUGGCGUUCACGAUGAUGUUAAACGAUACGAACGUAUCGAACGGAAAUUCGAAAGACUUUCAUCCCAACUGGAUGUUGAAUUCGAUAAGAGUGACGAUCAGUGUCAGGCCGAUUUUGAUCGGGCCGUCCAGUCCAACGUUCAGUCGGAUGAAGUUAGUAAUUUGCAAAGUGAUUUCUCGAAAAUCAGUUGGGAUGAAAGUGCUUCGGCCACAACUGGUGAUAUGGGUUUAAAUACGCCGGACAAUGAUAUACAAGAGUUGCCAAGAGAGCCAGGAUUGCAUACCGCUCCUAUCGAUAUCAUACCAAAACCAUCACCCCGUCUAACCAAACCCAUACCUAGUGACGCUAGUGCUACUAACGAUGAACUAAUAACCUAUAGUAGACAAGUAACCGAACACAUUACCGACGCAAGCGAAGAACAGUCGUCCGAAAAUGAUAAGCCUACCGAUUAUAGCGAUACGAAGAAGUUCUGGCAAUCGUUGGACUCGAAUAAACCGAUUGAUGAGACCAUACAGAGUGGUAUGGUUCCAGUGCCGAAACCACGGUCACAGAUAACCUCAACCAUUGUGAAAACUGAGGAAUCAAUUGAAUCGAACAGUGUGAGAGAGCUGAGCCAAAGCUCAUCGAAAAUAUCAUCGGAACAACAAGUUGAAUAUUCGGAAUCGAGCAGUCUACAGUCGGACUGUAAACAAGAAUUACGUGACGAUGAUUCGAUGGCCGUGGAGGAACGACUGGAGGAUGAAAGUUAUCCGAUUAGUGAUAAGGUUGACUCGGAUUUCUAUGACAUAAAAAAUCGUGAAAAUUUGUCGUCGUCGUAUCAGUGCUCGAAAGAGGAUUCUUUCGAGAUAGACUUGGUGAAGGACAAGGAUUUGAUUGUUGAUUUGAGUGCAACGAAGAAGGACGACUUUUCCAUUUAUAAAACUAAGGAACGCGAAGAUAUUCUCGAUCUAGACGACCACGAAGUGGCCAAAAUUCCGGUGAAACGAGAUUUGUAUAAAAUCGACGACUUUGCAGAAGAAACCGACGCCAACGAUGAGAAGAAGACCAGCUUCUACAUCGGUGAAUCGAGCGUUGAUAUCAUUACAAAAUCAUCAGAUCAACGUAACGACUUCGAGAAGGAGGAAUUUGAAUUCGACGACGAUGUUCAGAAGAAAAUCAAGACAAGUGCCAAGGAAAUCGAACUGACGAAAGACGAAUACGAAACGAAAACGGAUUCGGAACGAACCGUCAAAGAAGUGGCUCGCCAGAGUCAACUGGAACAAGAGAUUUUCGAGUUCGGUUCUGACUACGAAAAGAAAUCGAGUGCCGUCGAUCGGGCCACCGAAUCGGAUAAGGAAGAAAUUGUAAAAUGUGCCGAGUUCACAAAAGCAUCGAGAGCCACUGAACUGAGAAAUGAACUGGCCAACGAAGAGUUCGAAUUUGGUCAAAACUAUGAAAAAUCAUUGAAAGAAAAGGAGAGUCAGAGUAAUGUACGAACAGAGGAGGUGACUGUCGGUGCGGAUAACAAAAGUAAAAUUGUGGAGAAGACGACGCAACAAGUGUCCUCCAAGUCACUUCAAUCGGAGGAAAAAUUCGUAUUAGAGGAGAAAACCGACUUUCCACUGAAUUUUGAUGCCUCAAAAGGCGAUCUUUUCGAUUUCCAGGAACAUUCAGUUAGCCAAGAAGUUGUACAGUCGAGUAGUUCAGUGGUCAAAAAGGAAGAGAUUGUCGAGACAAAGAAAGGAAAAAGUUCUUUCGAAAUCGAUUUUGAUGCCACGUUUGACCCAAUGCAAACCAAGAGCCAUAUUGUACAUUCGCCUAUCACGGGCGAACCCAUUGAAUCGGGCAAAACGAAACAAGACCUUACUCUACAGUUGAAGAGAAACGAGACCGAACAAUACACCAAGACACUUUCCGACUUCGAAAUUGCCGAAUUUUCAACGGAGUCGCUACCGAAAGCAGAGAAAGCCUCAAUUGCUCAUUCACCGAUAAAGCCCAUGAAAAAUGCGUUCGAAAUUUCGAAACCAAUGCUAGAAGAAAGCACUAAAGUCAUCGAAGCACACAGUUCCAUUCAAUCGGAGCUGAAUAAGAUAAACGAAAGUUUUGCCGAUGUUCGGAAGGUUCAGUUCGACAAAGAUGAAAUCGAGAAAUCAAUCGUCGAGCAAACGUUUGCCGAAGUGCAAGAGUCAUUGGAGGCCGUGCAAGAAGAUCUGAUUGACGUUGUAAAGGGUGGUCGGCAGAUUAAGGAAUCGCCGUCGGAAUUCGAGGUUAAAAUCCUGCCGAACAUAAAAUAUCCGCAGUUGGAAGCACAUGAAGAAGAAUUUCACCUUUUGCCGGAAACGUCGUCAAUAAAAAUCGAUGCCGAGGCGCCACAAAGUGACGUUAGCGACGUAAGCGUUUCACAUAAACUUGAAACUGACGCAUCUUCGAACGAAGACUCAAUCAAUAAACUUGAUGUGGUGCACCGGACAUCGAAACCGAAACAAACGACGAACCGAUGGUCUGUGUCCGAUCCGGAUAACUAUUCCAGUUCGGGUAGCCACUACGAAAGCUUCGAAAAAACCGAUAGUCGACCAUGCUCGUCUGAUGUGGAGAAUCUAUUGACGUACGGAAAUUCAUCGGAAUAUCAAACUGCGCUUGAUGCAUCUCACUUGCCCGGUUCCACUGAAUACCAAUCAGCGGCUAGUUGGUUGGACAACAGUGGCAAGACCAUCAGUUCGCGUGAAAGCAUGAAAAGUUUCGAUUCGGAGAGCUCCGGCCAUUUGGGUAGCGUUGAAAAUUCGGAGAAUUCAGAGACUCUCGUACCGUCCACCAUGGACCUUGAUUUGCCCAGUGAUUCCAAUUAUGAAAUGGACAUGGACGAAAGUGAAAUCAAAUUUGCGAGUCUGGAAGCGUGCAGUGGAGUUUUAUUGGAGGAAUAUAACGAAGAACCGGAUCAUGUUAUUAGUCCAAGCAUGAAGCGCUCCCAAGAAAUGACUUUCCAGCCAUACCAAACCGACGACGAUGUCAUUGAGAAGAGUGGUCGCUUGGAGAAAAAAUCCAGUUUGGACGCUGAUGACUCUAAGCUUGGAAGUAUGACCAGUCUGGACGAUGGGAAAUUUGCCACAAGCCUUGAAGAUGGAAGUGUCUUAUCUAUGAGUUUAUCCAGUGCAUCGAAUGUAGAAACUAUUGUUGAAAAUGUGAAAGAUGAAAUGGCCAGUUCGUUUGGAAGUUCUCUGAUCGGUAGCUACGAAGUGCAAUCGUUAAUCAGAGAUGAUGUUUCCGCUCUUAAUUUCGACGAUUCACAAGACUCGGGUCAAUUCGACAAUAAAAUUAUGACAACGUCGAUUGUCCGAGACGAUGACAUCAUUUCCAGUCAGGCAACAAGCACAACAACGCCACAAACUGAAUUCGCCGAAGUUGUCGAGCAGCCUUCGAAACGCACGAAAGGACACAAGCGUGCGGACAGUACCUCGUUCCUGAAAGGAUUGGAGACCUCGCGCAGUCCCCCAGACACAUCGUUGGAUGAUGAAAUGAUUGUUCAUGAGGACGUUCAAAAGGUGCACAUCUUCGAGGACGAUAAGAAAGAAAGCGGAUCCGACUCGGACAAUGACCCGUACCAAACCGAAUACGCGAGAUCGUUUAAACAGCCGGAAAAGCAGGGAAAGAAAAAGUCGAAAAUUGAAAAAGUUGACGUCGAGAAGAUGGAAAGGAAAAUAUCCAUUCCAUCCAUCGAAACAAUCGUCGAAGAUGUCAUGGCCGAAGUUGAAUGUGAAGCCAAAAUGGAGAGGGCCGUAUCGCAAAACAUGUUGGAUUAUUCGAACAUUCCCGACAUCAUGGUCACCGACGAUCCGACUAAAGAUACUGUCGACGAAGAUGAAGAUUUGAAUCAAAUUUCGUCUGUCGAACCAAUGACAUCGCAAACGGAAGAAACUGUAUCCAGUAGAGACAUCCCGUCACCUAUUCGUUAUGCCAAAGAAUCGGAAAUUAAGAUCACCGAAGAGGAGUAUCAAGAACUGAUCGACAAACAAUACAAAGCGAAGUUGGCUGACGUGACCACGCGAUUUGAUUACGAUGAAGACAAAGCUGAAUCACCUACCAGCGAUUCGUUUGAAAUGCUUGAACAACCUGACAUCACCGACGAAUUUGUAAUAAUUGAGGAAGUGGCUAAAGAGGCCGGCGAAUUCGAUACGGAAGGUAAAAGUGUAAAAAUCAAGCCAAUCAAAUACGUGAAAAAGCAUGACGAUGAAGUCGAAACAAUUUUGGUGAAAUCGGCACCAGCUGCGACCAACGAAGGAUCUGUAUUGUAUCAACUGCAAGGACAACACCACGACCUGGGCUUCGAUUUUGAAGAGAGUCCUCCUACUGGUGUUGAUUCCGGUGAAAAUGUCUAUGAGUCGAAUGAAAUGAGCUCCAGUAGAAAGUGGGUGGAAAUGCAACUGGCUGAACAGGCACAAAAUCUUAGAUAUCCAUACGAAAUGGAGCGAGGAAUGCUGGAAGAUAUCAAAGAAGAAGACACUGACCUGGAGGUGGGAAGCAGUAGAAUCAGCAGUUUCAAAGAUUCGUUUUCCAGCAGCACACCAGAGUACGACAUCCUGGCUGGUCGUAAGUAUUUUGCGAAAGGUGAACAUGACGACAUGUCGGUGAAUAGUUUACAAGAAUUUGAAAACCUCGAACAAGCCAUCUCUCUCGAAAACCGUAAAUUCCAUCAAGGCUCUUCGGACUCGCUCAGUAAUGGAAGUUUCCCGAAGCGAUACACAUCGAAAACACACGGUGACGACGUGUCCAUAGCCAGUUUGAAAGAAUUCGAGGGUCUGGAAAAUGCUUGCCUGGAAGCACAUCUGGUUGAGAUUAAAGCUAAGGAGGAAGCUGCCCUGCUGCUAUCCAGAUCGGACGAAUCAAGUAAAUCGGAUAAGUCUAAGGGCUCACCGAAACAGACAACAAUUACCACCAAAACAACAGUAGUGUCGCAGUCGCAAUCGAUCCCAACACGAGUCAUUGAAGAACGGGUUAUCACAACGACGACCGGAUUCCCCAUAAACCAGAAAUCUUUGGAAUCAUUUCUGAAAUCGAGAUUCGAAGAGAAAGACGACGACUCAUCGUCAAAUUUGAUGGAAGUGUCUUCCGAUAGUUUGGAUAACGGAAAUAAGGUCAAAUUGAGUCACAGCAAAGACAGCACUCAUUACGGCAGCAGUGACAGCUUAGAGCAAAACAAAAGCGGCACGGACAUAAUGACAAGUAGCCUGGAUUCCAUCGAGGUUUCGAAAGAGGCCGGUGCAACAGCCAAAUCGUCUCGAUCCGACGUGGAUUCUAUUGACCAAUACCUUUUAUCUGGACGAAAUGAAGCCAGUCGCCGUGACAGUAUCGACUCAAUUGAAAUGCAAUUGGCUCUGAUGGCUCAGGCCGGAAACUAUGAACGUGACUCAAUCGAUGGCAAUACUCGAAUCGAUGUUGAAACAAGCGUCGCAAAUAGCGGCAAUCAAACCAUUCAAACACGAACAAUCACAACGACGACCAUAUCGUCGUCACAUGGUCCCGGUAUGAGCAAAGACAUAUCGAGCGAUUCAUUGAAUGUAAAUCAAUCGGAGCCAGAACUUCUUCUUACCAGCACUGAAAGUCUGGAUCAAAGCAGUUCCGUUGCAACAAAUGCUACUUACACCAACGAAAUGAACUCACAAAUGUCGGGUAGCAUAACCAGUUGUGGAUCGAACACAUUAAUCGAUUCACUGGACGGACCAUUCGAUUUUCAAUCGGGUAUGAUGGCAUCGUCGAGCCAAUUUGGUUUCGAUGAUCGGCAAUUGAUGGAAGGUACGGCGUCAUCAUCGACGUCGACAACAACCACAACUGUUGUGCAUGUAUCGCAGACGAAGGACGGUGAAAAGACAUAUGAAUACUUUGAUGUUAAGGAUGACAAAGGAAAGGCUCGACAAGGUGACGAGCAACUCUAAAUGUGUAUGGACUUCGAUUUGGUUACGAUUUAGAGACGAACCACUUGGUGUACCCUUACCUAUGGAUAUUUCUAGCAAUUAACUACUCGUAAUUCACUUUAUUAUAAAACUUAUGCAUUUCUAUUUAACCAAAAGAAAAACUUUCUUUUUGUUUUGGUAAAAUUGCUUAGCUCAAUAAUUUGGAAUUAUAUUUAAAAAAAUAAAAUUGUAUAACAAGCCAGUCAGCCAUUUUGUGUACUUCAAAAAUUAAAAUUAGAAAAACAAAAAGCUUUGAUAAAAAUAUUUCGUUUUUUUAUGAAUCGAUCGGGAGACAGAGUUCAGAAAGGGAAUGGCAAUUCUAUGAAAUUAUUAAAAAUUUAAUAGAAAUGCAUUUUAUAAAAAAAAAGAAAAAAAAUUAGCUAAAAAUGGAUAAAUGAUUGUAAGAUGAACAGCAAAAGUAAUAAAUUUUGGGUAUUUUGUUUUUAGUCACAUUUUUCUUACAUUGAUAAAAGUAAACAAAUAUUUGAGAUAAAUUUUGUGUUUUAUAUAACGUAAGAUUAAUUAAUAAAUGAAAAACUAAAAAAAAAUAUUUCUUAAAUAAAUACAAAUUGUUAAUCGCAUACUAUCCUAAGAAAAAUUUAUUCCAAAAAAAUUUCCCUAAAUUUUUCCCUUAUCCAUUGUUUGAUUAACUUUACGAAAAGAAAUUUAAAAACCAAAAUUCUCACGCCACCCUAUUUUAUUGUGCAUUUGUAUUUGUGAACAAAAAAAAGAAGAAAAAAAUUAUUUAUUUAAAAUUUAUUAUAUCCAGAGAAAAUGAUCGAUUAUCAUCUCUCUAUCUAUUUAUUUUAGUUAUUGUUGAAAAUUUAAUGAAAUAUUCCUUUGAAAAAAAAAA